AUGGCCACCCAAUUCCCCCCCCCCAAACGCCAGCGCUCCGCCUACGCCCAGAGCAAGGACCCCAAGAUCGAGGUUGUCCAGAAGGACAUUCCCUCGGUCGUCGUCCAAUUCAAGUCUGCUGAAGAUGGCUCAUCUCUCGGUCCUGCCAUCAACCUUCCUGCUGAUACUGCCCGGGAUGCCUUGCAGAUGCUCGUCAACAAGCUUCGAGGCGAGGAUGAAGACCCUCUACCGUACGCUUUCCAUCUCGUGCCCAAAGUACCUUCGACCUCGACUGCACCGACGUCGGCCCGUGUACAGAUCAACAACUCUAUCCUCGCCGAUGCGCUUGAGAGUAAAGGAAGCACGUUCUCCUCUGAAGACAUCUUCGAGCUCUGGUGCGAGCCGCAGGCUGUGUUUCGUGUAAGAAGUGUCGGACGGUGUACAGCUACUUUGACCGGGCAUGCUUCACCAAUCUUGUGCUGUGCCCACUCGCCUACCGGCAGGUAUGCUGCUACUGGGUCAGGCGAUGCCACAGGCCGCAUCUGGGAUAUGGAGACUGAGACGCCGAAAUGGACCUUGUCGGGGCACAAGGGCUGGGUCCUUGUCGUCGAAUGGGACUCGAGAGAGAAGAUUGUGGCUACUGGUGGACACGAUGGCCAGGUACGCCUUUGGGAAGCCGCAACAGGACAGGCAUAUGGUGCUCCCCUGCUCGGCCAUACCAAGUGGAUCACCGCCCUCGCCUUCGAACCCCUCCACCUCGUCUCUCCUAAAGCCGCUGGGCCCAGGCUUGCUUCUGCCUCGAAAGACGGCACCGUCCGAAUCUGGAACACUGGCACCAGGAAACUUGAAUUUGUGUUGACCGGUCACGCGGCUAGUGUCAACUGCGUGAGAUGGGGUGGGGAGAAUGUGAUUUAUACUGGAAGCAGUGAUAGGACGGUCAAGGUUUGGAGUGGUGUCGACGGUAAACUUAUCCGUACGCUGAACGAGCACGCGCACUGGGUCAACACCAUGGCUCUUUCGACUGAUUUCGUGCUGCGUACCGGUCCAUUCGACCACACUUCCAAGAAACCUCAGAGCGACGACGAAGCUCGCGCCCGGGCCCUCGAGCGCUACAAGGACGUCACGUCUACCCACCCCGAGACGCUCAUCACUGGCUCUGACGACCAUACCCUCUACUUGUGGCCUGACCAGGCCUCCUCUUCCUUCGCGUCGACGGCGACACCGAAAAAGCCGGUGGCGAGGCUGACGGGACACCAGAAGCAGGUCAACCAUGUGGCUUUCAGCCCGGACGGGAGGAUGAUUGCGAGCGCGGGUUUCGACAAUGCGGUCAAGCUCUGGGAGGGUAGGACGGGAAAGUUUGUGGCGAGUCUGAGAGGGCACGUGGCUGCCGUCUACCGGGUCGCUUGGUCUGCCGAUUCGAGAAUGUUGGUCAGUGCGAGCAAGGACACGACAUUAAAGUUGUGGAACCUCAAGACGUACAAGAUCCGUAUCGAUCUUCCCGGUCACACGGAUGAAGUCUAUUGUGUAGACUUUGUCGCCGACAAGGUGGUCAGCGGUGGAAGAGACAAGACUGUCAAGAUGUGA